ACCCCACCAGUUGGCAAUAACAGCAGCUAUUUCCCCUUCCCUCUCUCCCUCUUGCAGAGCAUUAGGGUUUCGGUUUCUGCCAUCAACAAUGGCGGCACUGUUCCUGCUCUACGAAUCCGCCUGUGGCUACGCUCUCUUCGAGGCUCAUGGCCUCGACGAAAUCGGUCAGAACACCGAAGCAGUUCGGAACUCCGUUUCCGAUUUGAACCGGUUCGGCAAGGUCGUCAAGCUCUGCUCCUUCCAUGCUUUUACCUCUGCCCUUGAUGCCCUCAAACAGUGCAACGCUGUCUCUGAAGGGAUAUUGACUGAUGAGUUGAGGGCUGCUUUGGAGAAAAACUUGCCUAAAGUUAAGGAAGGUAAGAAACCCAAGUUCAGUUUAGGUGUGUCUGAUCCUAAGAUUGGUUCUCAGAUAGCUGAAGUCAGUAAAAUUCCUUGCCAAAGUAAUGAGUUUGUCAGCGAGCUUCUUCGCGGCGUGCGCCUCCAUUUUAAUAAGUUCAUUGGUGAUCUCAAGACAGGAGAUUUGGAAAAAGCCCAACUUGGUUUGGGGCAUAGCUACAGCAGAGCCAAGGUGAAGUUUAAUGUUAAUCGCGUUGACAACAUGGUCAUCCAAGCAAUCUUCCUUCUUGAUACACUUGAUAAGGAUGUCAAUUCAUUUUCCAUGAGAGUCAGAGAGUGGUAUUCAUGGCAUUUUCCUGAGCUGGUGAAGAUUGUUAAUGACAAUUAUCUGUAUGCCAAAGUUGCCAAGUUUAUUAAGGAUAAGUCGAAGUUGACUGAAGACAAUAUUUCAGACUUAACUGAUAUUGUUGGAGAUGAAGAUAAAGCAAAGGAGAUUGUGGAAGCUGCCAAAGCCUCCAUGGGACAGGAUUUGUCCGAAGUGGACUUGAUCAAUGUCCACCAGUUUGCACAGAGGGUCAUGGACCUAUCAGAGUACAGGAGGAAGCUGUACGAUUACCUGGUUGCUAAAAUGAGCGAUAUUGCACCCAAUUUGGCCUCUUUAAUUGGUGAAGUUGUUGGCGCUCGUUUGAUCUCCCAUGCUGGCAGUCUCACAAAUUUAGCAAAGUGCCCCUCUUCAACUCUUCAAAUUCUCGGUGCAGAGAAGGCUUUGUUCAGGGCCUUGAAAACAAAAGGGAACACUCCCAAAUAUGGUUUGAUAUUCCACUCUUCUUUUAUCGGAAAAGCAUCAGCCAAAAACAAGGGCCGAAUGGCUCGGUAUCUUGCAAACAAGUGCUCAAUUGCAUCCCGCAUUGACUGCUUUUCUGAGAGCAGCUCUACUGCUUUUGGGCUGAAACUUCGUGAGCAAGUUGAGGAGCGACUUGACUUUUACGACAAGGGAGUUGCCCCUCGUAAGAACAUAGAUGUCAUGAAGUCCGCUAUUGAAAGUGCUGCGAACAAUGAUGCAGAGAUGGAAACAGAAGAAGUGCCUGUCGAAGCUUCUAGCAAGAAAUCCAAGAAGAAGCAAAAAGCUGCUGAUGAAGGUGAUGAGAUGGCUGUUGAUAAGCCAACAGUUACAAAUGGUGAUGCAGUGGAGGACCAUAAAUCAGAAAAGAAGAAAAAGAAAGAAAAGAGAAAAUUGGACCAGGAGGUGGCUGCUGAAAAUGGUACAAAUGGGAAUGCAAGUGAGCAAAGAUCUGUUAAAAAGAAGAAGGAUAGAAAGGAUGAUAAUGGAGAAGCAGUGGAGGCUGCUAGUGAGUCUAAGAAGAAAAAGAAAUCAAAAAAGAAUGCCGAGUAAACUAUGUUGGUAGCAGAUAUAACUGUCCUGAUUGAAUAUUUCAUGUUGUAGUUUUGAUGUUAAAUUUUAUUUGCUUUGAACUUUUACCGGUUAAUGCACGAUUAAACUUUUUGUUGA